GAAAAGUAGCUUUAUAAACUUAACAGUAAAAAUAGAACAAAAUUCGAACGAUCCUAGAUCAUACGGAUACAUUACCAGCGACGCUUGUAUUCAGCUAUAAAAACAAGAAGGAUUUUGUUUCUCAUUUAAGCGCUGAAUUGGUUUGCUAUCAGUGAUAGCCAGCUAACUUUGCCAGCUUGCUGGGACGGUGUCGCGCUGGCUAGCAAAGUUCGCUAGCUGUAACAGCUAGGCUAAUGCGCUACUAUCCGUGUAACAAGCCAAAGUUUAAUGAUAACAAUGGCAUUUAACCCGACAUCGCUUGCUAGCUAGUUGGCCAUUUGGUUUCAAUGAUCCAACUUGUAAGACAUCGCUGUGGAGAAGCGUUUACAAGUAGCCAACUGCAACAGGAACAACAGCAAGAUGAAAUGGCCGCGUUGGUGGAGGGCGGUGGGGGAUUUCUUCAAAAGAGAAACUCUAAUGCCGGACAGGACUCACAGCAGCCGUCGCCUCUGGCUCUCCUGGCCGCGACGUGCAGCCGGAUCGACACGCCCGGGGAAGGCGAGGGCGUCUCGGAGCCGCAGCAGAACCAGCAGAUGGAUCUCGGCCAGGCGCAGCUGACGCACACGCCGAACGGCUGGCAGCUCAUUCCCGUCAGCGUGCAGUCGCCCGUGGCGUCGGGAACCAUAACCACAGAGGCGGGGAAGACCCGUGCGGGGCCGGGGCAGCCGUCACAGGGGCAGCAGCAGUACGUGGUGGCCCCCAGCGCGGGGCUGCAGGGGCAGCAGCUCCUCACCACGCUGUCCGGGGUUAUGCCGAACAUCCAGUACCAGGUCAUCCCGCAGUUCCAGACGGUGGACGGGCAGCAGCUGCAGUUCGCCUCCGCCCAGCAGGACCCCCAGGCGGGGGGGCAGUUCCAGCUGGUGUCCUCCCCCGGGGGCGGGCAGCAGCUCAUCGCCACGGGCCGGAGCGCGGGGCCGGGGGCCGGGGGCAACAUCCUGGCCGUCCCCGGGCUCCUCCAGCAGGCCAUCCCGCUGCAGAACCUGGGCCUGGGGAACGGGCUGCUCCAGAACCAGACGCAGUUCUUAGCCAACAUGCCGGUGUCGCUGAACGGGAACAUCGCUCUCCUGCCGGUCAGUGCGGCGGACGGGGGCGUCUCCACCUCCCAGCAGCUGAUCCAGCCGGUGUCCUGCGCCAGCGGCACGGGAUACUACAGCUGCCCCGCCUCCACCACCUCCGCCCCCACGUCCUACGGAGGGGGCCUGGUCACGCAGAGCGGGGGCUUCCAGGGCUCAGUGGCCGGGGGGGGCAUCCAGCAGGACGGGGGCCAGCAGCAGGUGCUGCUCCAGUCCCAGCCUCUGCUCCAGGGGGGGCAGUCCCUCCAGGGGGGGCAGGUGUUCGCCACGCAGGCCCUGCCCCAGGAGGCCCUGCAGAACCUGCAGAUCCAGACCAUCCCGAGCGGGGGACCCAUUCUGGUGCGCACGGUGGGCCCCGGGGGGCAGGUGAGCUGGCAGACCCUGCAGCUUCAGGGGGCCGGUGGGGCCCAGAUCGCCCUGGCCCCCCUCCAGACACAGAUCCCCGGCCUGCAGACUGUCAGCCUCAACGCCCUCGCCAGCUCUGGCCUGCAGAUGACCCAGCUCCAGGGCCUGCCCAUCGCCAUCGCCAACCCCACAGGGGAACAGGGGCUGCAGGGCGGAGUGGGCGGGGACAGCAUGGACGACAGCACAGCGAUGGACGACUGCGGAGAUGCCAGCCCCCAGCCCCCAAACCGCCGUACCCGCAGAGAGGCCUGCACCUGCCCCUACUGCAAGGAGGGAGAGGGCCGCAGCACUGACCCUGGUAAGAAGAAGCAGCACAUCUGCCACAUCCCGGGCUGUGGGAAGGUGUACGGCAAGACGUCCCACCUGAGGGCCCACCUGCGCUGGCACACGGGCGAGCGGCCCUUCGUCUGCUCCUGGUCCUUCUGCGGCAAGCGCUUCACCCGCUCCGACGAGCUGCAGAGACACAAACGCACACACACCGGAGAGAAGAAGUUCACCUGCACAGAGUGCCCCAAACGCUUCAUGCGGAGUGACCACCUGUCCAAGCACAUAAAGACCCACCUGAACAAGAAAGCGCCAGGUGCCCCAGCUGACGGCAACAUCUCUGCCCCCGUCGCCCCGGAAACUGCUCCCUCCUUGGACCAGCAUGCCCUCAUCACCAUGGAAACGCUAUCCCCGGAGGGCAUCGCCCGGUUGGCCAGCAGUGGCAUCAACGUGAUGCAGGUGGCAGACCUCCACUCCAUCAACAUCAACAGCAACGGCUACUGAGGGGAGGGAGGGGGGGGGGCAGUGGAGUGGAGGCCCCGUCACACCAGGGAAGAGCAAGAAUGAGGAGAAAGGCAUGAUGGGACUUGUAGGCAUGGGGGUUGUGGGGCAUGGAGUCAGUGCGGACGUGGGGGAGAGAUUCGACCAUACAGGGCCAGAGAUGAACAUUACAUUACCCGAGGCCAAUGACAUAAGUGUAGGGCGGGGGAAGAGAUGGGUUUUGGUUUGAAAAAAUCUGUCUGAAUUGGAGGAGAAAGUAAUCUGCUUGCCGCCCCAACCCCCUUUUCCAAUUACACUGCACAAACGGCCACGACAAGCUGGAGGGGCAUGAAUUCGUUUUUGGGUCCCACCCUUUAUAAACACUACACUCACAGGCCUUGGGCUGGCACUUCCCCCCCUCUGUCUCAGACCCUGCCCCUUCUCAGACCUCGCCCCCCUUGGCUGACGGUACUCCAGCCCAUGCUAACACGCUACUGCCGCGCUGAGAAGCCGCCAUCUUGGCCCGGUCCAUUUUCAGCUGAGACACGGGGGCCAUCUUGGCCCGGUCCAUUCCCAGCUGAGACACGGGGGCCAUCUUGGCCCGGUCCAUUCUCCCUGAGACACGGGGGCCAUCUUGGCCCGGUCCAUUCUCCCUGAGACACGGGGGCCAUCUUGGCCCGGUCCAUUCUCCCUGAGACACGGGGGCCAUCUUGGCCCGGUCCAUUCCCAGCUGAGACAUGGGGGCCAUCUUGGCCCGGUCCAUUCUCAGCUGAGACACGGGGGCCAUCUUGGCCCGGUCCAUUCUCAGCUGAGACACGGGGGCCAUCUUGGCCCGGUCCAUUCCCAGCUGAGACACGGGGGCCAUCUUGGCCCGGUCCAUUCCCAGCUGAGACACGGGGGCCAUCGUGGCCCGGUCCAUUCUCAGCUGAGACAUGGGGGCCAUCUUGGCCCGGUCCAUUCUCCCUGAGACAUGGGGGCCAUCUUGGCCCGGUCCAUUCUCCCUGAGACACGGGGGUGUGCUGGCAGCAGUGGACACCUGAAAUGAGCCUCCGCUGAAGAGAACCAGCACUAGUCAUGUUUGGGGUUGGGGGGGUAGAAGGACACUGAAUUUUUUUUUUUUUUGCCUUUUAUAUUAUUCAUAUUAUGGUACACAUUUAAGCCAUCAUGCUUUGAUGAAAUUAUCAUGGCAAAAAACAUUUUUUUGGAUAGUUUGAUUUUUGUAAAUAUAUAUUUUCUAAAUAUGAAAUACUACAAGAAUUAUCAUAGAAAGGAUCACCUUACAGUCGCCAGAGAUUGCCUUUCUUUUGUGCGUGUGCCUCCUUACAUGAACAAUCUUAAACCUUGAUAUAAUUUUUUAUACAAAUACAGAUUUUCUGUGAGACCAAGUUUGUAAACUCAACUCAAAAAGUGUUUGGUUUAGAACUAUGUUUGUACAGUACAGUCCAGUAUGUCUUUUUUCUGCAGACACUUUUUCUCCAACUUCAAUUUUCUACUUUUGGGUUAUCAAUGAAAUUCUCAAAAUAACAUAAUUAAAAAGCAGUUAAACAUUAUAU